AUGUGUCCGUCCAGCGGGCACGGAGCAGGGCGGUGGGUAAGGUUGAAGCGGGUACUCCGGUCCUGGCGGAGUCAGGAGGUACAGCCGUUAGUUCUGCUCGUGCCCGCGGCCCUGCUUCUCCUCCUAGUGCUGUACUGCUUCCCUGUGCUCAGCGCUGUGGUGCUGUGUGCGGCUGGCGCCUGCCUUUACUACAGCUCCUCGGGGCCAGCCGUGUGGAGGUACUUGGACUGGAGGCAACUGACGGGAGGAGGAGCACCAGGGAGGCGACAGAGACCUGCGGGACAUAGGCGGCAGAGGGAGCCGGGCCUGAAGUGGACGCCUGCUUCCUUACUGUUACUCAUGGGCAGCUAUCUGGGCAAGCAAGACCCCCCGGCCCGGGCAGUGGGCAGAGGAAGCCGGGAGCUGAAAGAGCGGUUAUCCAGACCCAACCCGGCUGUGGCAACCCCGGCCAGACGCCUUUCUUUCAGAGAGACACCUCGGCUAUCCAGUCGGGCUUUUCUGAGUCCACGCAGACGUUACCCAAUCCAUCAGCCGCAGUACAGCAUGCCGGGUUCUCUUCCUACAGUGUAUUUUGAUGGGUAUCAGAAAAAAUGCUUACUAUCACCAAAGUCUUCUCUGGUACGCAGUCCUGUUACUGUGAAAAUUGCACGGCCAGACCCGAAUAUCGCUCGUUCACCUGUCCUGGAUGACCUGCUGUCUCCAGGGCCAGCAUCUCCACUGGUUCAAUGUUCACCAGAUCCUUGUGCAAAAGAAACUGUACUCAAUGCCAUCAGAGAAAGAAGGAAAAGGAUGAACAAAGAUGAGGAGCACAGUACAAUUGGAGGAUUAGAAAAUAAGAGAAGGAGGCAAGCCAGCAGUGGAAGUCGAGACUCCUCAUUUGAGUAUCCUUUACCAAAUGGAACUUUGCCUUCAUGUGUCUCAAAGCCAGACAGCUUAAAAAGAGGACUUAAUUCACAAGUUCUGGAAGACACCGUCAACAAAAGAUCCCGUACCUCCUCGAUGAGUUCAUUGAGUAGUUCUGCAAUGAAUGGACUUGCAAUGUCUUCUCACAAUGCGAUCACCAGCUCCUACAGUUCUAGCAAAGUCAUCCUGCAGAAAAGAAAGCGAACACAAAAUGUGUCUGCAGUUUCAAGUUCACCCUCAUCCAGGAGCCAGACACCAGAUCUGUCAGCUAAAAAAGCAAGAGAAGAAUCACAUGAUGUUAGUCCAUCAACGUCUGUGCAACAAGACAAAGACCAGGCUGGAAAAUUUGGUGAUACUCCUCCUUCCAAAUCUGUAAACUCCAGUGAAAAUGGUAGUGGUGGGGCCCGAAGAAAAAAAGUGUUGCUGGUCUACUCAGGACGUAGUGAUCAGUACCCACUGCCUCCUCCACCUCUGGUUGGAUACAGUGUCACAUCAAAAGACUUUGACUCUGAAAAGAAGGCUUCUCUACAAAGGUUGAACAAGGCACUGGAAGAUGCAGCUGGGUCAGUUCCACUCAGCGCUGCACCAGCCGCAACAGUUUUACUCAGCUCUGCAUCCUCCACAACAGUAACAACCACCUUAACGGCAACUUCUCCGUUUAACCUGCCUACAACAGCAGCUGCAGCACUGACUUUACCAACCUCCUCUGCUAGCAGUAACAAUCUUCUUCUCAGCCUGACUAAAAUGCAGAAUAAGGAGGAAACACAAGCUCCAGCACCAGCACAGACUGUGAAUACAAGCACUUCAAAGGAAAAAAUACCAAUAUCUUCUGUGGAACCUGCAAUUCCUAGGAUCAGCAAUCCUCUCACAGCACCUUCCUUUUCUACUCCAGCAGUUACAGAAAGCUCUAACCGUGCACCACUCAUACCAUCUGAUACCGCACAGCCCAAAUCGGAGCCCCCGAAGUCUACUCUGCUCCAGAUUCUUACUAAACCUUUGGAAAAUGAUUCACAGACUGGUUUUAAGCCAAUCUUCCCAACAAAUGGGACAACACCUCUUGUUUCCUCCACUGUGCCAUCUACAAUUUCAAAUUCUGUUUCUUCAGCAAAUACAUUCAAACCAAUAUUUGGAGAUCAGAAUACUCAGCCAGCCCCAACUUCAGGCACAUUCAAACCAAUAUUUGGAGAUUCUACAGUCCAGUUACCUGCUUCUUCAUCUUUCACAUUCCAGAUGAAUUCGACAUCCCCUGCUGCCAGCUCUCUAUUUUCAGCAUUUGGUGCCAAAAGCACCAAUACUACGCUCAGUACAGAGAGUGUAACUAAGCCUUCUCUGGCUGCCCCCACCUCCAGCAGCAGCAGCACUACUAACACCUUUACUGCAUCUUUGUUCUCAUCAGUGGCAACGUCUGCUAGCGGAUCAAACCCUGCUCCAGUAAACUCAUUUCCUACAAGUAAUGCACCUUCAGAUUCCCAAGCCAAACCAUUUGUUUUUGGGCAGCCGCCUACCUCACAAGCUACUUCAGGCUUAAAUAUAUUUAGUAGUACGCAGUCUGCACCUACAACAGCGGCUCAGCCCCAGCAGCCAUCAUUGUUUGGAUCAAACACCUCUGCAUUUACAGCUACAAUUAGUUCAAAUGCUGCUGUAUUCUCGACUAACUCUGGCACAUCUGCAUUUAACAGCACCUCAGGAAGUGGCAUUCAAGCGGAAAACCCUGCACAAAAUUCUGUUGGUUUUGGGUCAUCUGGAACUCAACCCUCAUUUGGAACAGCUACCCAGCCAGCUUUUGGAAGCACCUCCCAGCCAACAUUUGGUGCAAACGCUCAACCAGCAUUUGGUGGAAAUACUACUUUCCCAUUUGGAAAUUCUGCACCUGCUGCCUCUAAAGUAACAUUUGGCAAUAUGAACAGUACCCAGACCAACAGCACACCUGCUGCAAACCUUUUUGGGUCAAAACCUUUCCCUUUUGGGGAAAACUCUAACUCUGUUUCGACUUUUGGUACACCAAAUGCCACACCUGCCCAGACAUUGGGUUUUGGGAACUCUUUGGCUCAGAAUAACAGUGCAAUCACAAAUCCAAGCACACCCUUGAACUUUGGGACUCCAGCACCAACUGAAAACAAGCUUGCUUUUGGCUCUCAGUUUGGCCGGAACUCACCUGCUGGAUCCCUUCCAUUCACAACUUCAACUCCAUCCUUUGCCUCCCCUGCUACCUUUGGCCAAGGUGUUCCAGGCCAAGGUACUCCAGGAAGCUUUUCAAUUGGCUUAAUAUCCAAACCUUCAGGAUCACGGCAGAGGGUAAUGGCACGACGUCAGCACCAGCGAAAGAAGUGA